GUCCCUUCCUUUCCCGUCCUUGUAAUUUGUAAAUUAGUGAUGGAAUGUGUACAUAAUACCGUUACCACCAUACAUGUACUUCCUCUUGAGCUUUUGAUCAAUGUAUUGGAACGGUUUCCAGAGGUUGAACGACUGCGAUAUACGCGCGUGUGUCGAGGAUUCGCCGCUGCGGUCAAAGCUAUCCCUCUAACCGUUCACUUGCUUCUUAUACUGUACAAACCCACAAGCCCUUUCCUUGUGAAUAUAUCACCUCCUACACUAUCUGUGGGCCUUGUCCCCAAAGAAGAGAGUGGCGUUCGGGGGCGCUGGCGAUUUGGAAGUCGACCUGUUAAAUUGAACGAAGACGAACAGGGAAUAUGGUCAGCUUGGCCUGUGGAUAUUAACAAGGAUCUGAUCAGCGCCAGCGCCAAAGAUCUGUUAGACGACAUUCAGUCUAAACUGGAACAGUCAUGUAACAAUAAAGUGACUCUGAUCCUGGAAAGAGUGGAGCUGGUUGCAAGCGAACUACGUUGUCAUCCUGAAGAUCGGGAACUGAUAAGCGAACUUGCUGCAAGCCUUGUCAGCAACAUUGCUCCAUCUGAGCUAACUGUACAUAAUCCUCCGUCGAGCGUUCUGCACACCCUUCCAUCGCGAAAUACGAUUUCAUUAUUGGACCUUGCAGAUAUACAUACUCAAAUUGACUUGUCACCACUCUCCGCCUCCUCUCUUCCGUACCGUCAUAUGAAGCAUCUUUAUCUGCGAUCAGAUGGUCGCUUUCACGACACGAGAGGCAUUAUUCGAUCGUCGUCGCUACUGCCGCUACAAGAAUUGUCCACGCUAGAGACCCUGGAGCUGGACGGACCUUGGCUGCAUGACAUGUGUGAUGAUCCUUUCUCAGCGAUUCACACGCUUUCCACUUUAACCAAUCUACGCACUUUGAUGGCUGACUUCGAACCGAAACUUCACACGGAGGUCGCCCUUGCUAAUCUCAUUCGGUCGCUUCCCAAUCUUCGGUCACUUGGCCGUUUGGGAUACGUGGAUCGUGCGUUCUGGCGUCAGUUUAGAAAUCUUGAGGCCAGUCACCUGAAGCAUUUGUCAUUGGGGACACGCAAGGAACCAUUUUCAUCCUCGCUUUCACAGUAUUCUCCUCGUUUCCUGACAGAUAUGGCCCUGGGCAUACUUUUUCUAUGCCCUGAAGUUGAGGAACUGGAAGUGUGGAUGGGGUUUCACGGAGAUCUGGACAAUCUCCUCAGCGCAGUGAAGCGUCUUCGCGAAGGUGGGACGACAUCUGACCCUUCACGGAAGAGUAAGCUGAGAAGAAUGAAAGUAUAUCAAGCGGUGGAUGUAGCGAAUAUUGACGCACAAGGAUGGAAAUACGCUGUAGAAGUGGAGGGAGCCCAUACAGGGCGAGGAUUAAGGGUUGAAAUCAAUAGUGGUGCUAGGCUUGGUAGCUUUGGACAGGAACAUAGAAUUUUCGGUAGUAAUUUAUCAUUUAGCGACUGAUAAUGUGAGCAGAUGGUGUAUACAUUGGUGUUAUUGAAAAUACAUAUCGAGGAUUUGUUUGCUGA